CAGCAGAGUCACAAAGCUCGGCCUGCUCGGCUGUAUCGCGCUAAUGCGGUGAGACUGGUGAGAGUCGCUGACGAACACUGACGAGGCUGUGAGGCUGUCUAGGCCGUGUGCGGGACCUUCCUAGCGAAACUGCCACCGUCCGUUUCUCCCCACGGCCGUCCCCUGCUCCGUCGACCGUUCUCCGCGCGAGGAUGCGAGAAGACCGCGGGCGAACGUGAGACACGCCGUUGCGACCACCCGCUUCUCCUCCGGGGGAAGUACGGCGGCCGAGAGGACAAGCGCAGGCCGCGGUUAUGUUUCUCGAUGGUGAGCGCUUUAACGACAAUGGCAGCAACGUCCCCGUCGAAGAGGAGACUGCAGAAGGAGUUGAUGUCUUUAAUACGCGAACCUCCACCAGGGGUACACGUAGAUGGAGAAUUGGCCGGGCAAAAUUUGACACAAUGGAUUGUCCACAUGGAAGGUGCUAAAGGCACCUUGUAUGAGGGGGAACAAUUUCAGCUCCAAUUUAAGUUCAGUUCUAAAUACCCGUUUGAUUCGCCAGAAGUGACUUUCAUCGGUGGAAAUAUACCUAUACAUCCACAUGUCUAUAGCAAUGGUCAUAUUUGUUUAUCUAUAUUAACAGAGGAUUGGUCUCCUGCUCUCAGCGUGCAAAGCAUCUGCCUGAGUAUUGUUUCCAUGCUAAGCAGCUGUAAAGAGAAGAAAAGACCACCUGACAAUACAUUUUACGUGAAAACUUGCAACAAGAAUCCAAAAAAGACAAAAUGGUGGUAUCAUGAUGACAGUGUCUAACAUUGAAGAUUAUGCAGAGAUUUUUGUCAACUUGUCAACAUUGACUUGUUAGACUAAGUGGACUAACAUCCAAAUGAAACCUGAUGCAUUAAAUCAAUAGAAUUUUGCAUACAAUAUUAUAUAGAGUAAAGUCAAUAUAACAAGAAAUUAGAUGCAUACUUUUAAGAAAAAACAAGGCUACAAUUUACUUAUUAUAAUUAUAAUUAUAGAAUUAAUGCAAACUGCGCGAGUUUAAUCAUAAAUUACUAUAAUGUUGCUGAUAGUGAAGCAUAUUUAUAGUUAUAAUGAAUUAUUAUCAAAUCAGUAAAAUAAUGCUAAACCGAGAGGUAGAAAAAAGGUAUUAUUUAUUAUUAAGAUAUUAGAUAUAAAAUUUUCUCUCUUGUUACUCCGAAUUUAAGGAGAUUCCUGAUGUACGCUAAUGAAAUUAUUGAAUAAAUUUAGAAAUUAUGAAAAAAAUAUGAAAAAA